AUGGCAGCGCACAGAGUCGUUUGACUUUCCACACGAUCUAUCAUCCUGACCUGGAGGGAAACAAGCAAUUAACCAAUAAUGUCGGAGGAAACAGAAGACAUCCUGAAUAUGGUGGAGAGUCUGAGGGUAACAUCGGACGAACCCGAAAAAUGUCUGGACCGAAUCCUCAAGUUCCUCCUGAUCGAACAAGAUGAAGAGGAUUUGGACCAAGCUUUGGAAGCCGCUGUGGAGAAGGGCAUGCUGGGAGAUCUUUACGACAUCAUGGCACACACCUCUAAUGGAACAUUAUGCAAGGUCAUCCAAAUUCUGGCAGAGCUUGGCAAAACAGAGUCGAUCAGAGAGCCAUGUGUCAUCCAGGGCUUUAUACCGAUUCUUCUGCAGCAUCUGAAAUCUGAUGACAUUACAAUGGCCACACAGGCUUGUCGUGCCCUCGGAAAUAUCUGCUUUGAAAACGAUAUUGGAAGAAAUGCAGUGGACGAAAAUGAUGGCAUUCUUUUACUUCUCAAACUACUGCGGGAACAUGUUAAGACAACAGAGGAGGGGGCGGAUAGACUGCGGACCAUUGCCUGUGGGUUCCUACUGAAUGUGACCAAUACACAUGAUGGCCUGAUGCAGAAGGCGGUUGAUGGAGGGGCCUUAGAUGUCCUUGACGAGUACAUCCGAUAUCAUCAGGAGGACCACGGCCUCUGUAACAUGGUGCUUCUGACAGUGGGAAGUUUUAUUGAUUCAGAGAUUUGUCGUCAGAAAUUCUCGGAGUCCUCCUUGCUGUCAACCAUAGUGGGACUGCUAGACACACAUGCUGGAGAGGUGUACCAGGAGACAGUCCUAGAUCUCCUCAUCAAUCUGUCAGAAUGGGAUGAAGUGAAGGAUCUCCUGGCAGAGACGAGCUUGAGUAACAACCUUAUUCAGAUUAUACAAGUCAAUCAGGGCAAACUGGACCCCGAGAGUCAACAGCUCAUCAAGAUGGCCUCCGACCUACUGAUUCUUCUGUUAACAGGAGACAAAGGAGCGGAAGCCAUGUUUGCCAAUGGAGAGGGUCCAGUGUUUGUGGAGUCUGUCAAGUGGCUAGAGGAUGAAGAUAGCCGGUUACAAAUGGCUGCUGUCCUGGCCAUAGGCAAUUUUGCCAGGAAUGAUAACCAUUGUCAAAGACUGGUUGAGGAAGGGAUUGUAGAACAACUGUUAGAAUUAUUGAAAACUCACAGAGACCAUGAGGCAGACAUGACAUUACAUCAUGCCAUCCUUAGUGCUCUCAGAAACCUAGCUAUUCCAGCCAAAAAUAAGCCUGCCUUGUUAAUGGCGGGUGUCCUUGAGACGGUCUUACUUCUGAUGUCAUCGGAGACAAUGGCUGUUGUGUUCAAACUCCUGGGUGUUCUCAGAAUGUUAGUGGAUGGUCAAGAGACAGCAGCUCUACAGCUAGGAACAGACCGGGCAUUUAUGGACCGUCUUGUGGGCUGGUGUGAGGUGGAUGAACAUGCUGGGGUUCAGGGCGAAGGUACAAGAUUGCUAGCCUCCCUGGUUAAGAAUGGUCGAUCAGUGGAGCUGAUGAGAAAUGUGAUCAAAUGUCAAGGUAUCCCUCCACUGGUUGCCAUGGUAUCUUCUGAACACCUGGUCAUGCAGAAUGAGGCUCUCGUGGCCUUGACCUUAAUUUGUUCCACAGUAUUAGAUGAAGCCGCACUUCCACUUAAACAGUCGGAAUUGACGGAAACCAUAUCAUCUCUUCUUGGCAAUAAAUCAACACUGCCAGAAAUAUUAUGCAACACACUUACGCUAACCAAAACUCUUUGCAAUGCAGUGUCUCAAUCUUCUCCAAACACCCUUUCCUGCAAACUAUUGGCCUGUGCUGGACGAGCCACAGACAUGCCACAGUCCUUGAGAGAUGAGAUUAUGACCUCCGGUAUUCCUGAUAUAGCCCGACAGCUCUCCUCCCACGAGGAGGAAAAAGUCCGAGAGGCUGCCAACACCUUUCUUGCCAUUUUCGACGACACCACACUGGAGAGAUGAAAAGUUUCAUGGUGGAUAAAAUGUACACUUCAGAAAGAGAAUGUCCCUCUGUUUUAGUGAGGAAGAAUGUGAUGAAACAAUGUACAUUGCCAAAAACUCUGAGAGACUCAGUUGGCCAGAGCACUGAGAAAAAGUAGCAAAACACCUUAUAUAUCUAUUGUCUUGUCAGACACUAGAAUAUUUCACAGCUCAAUAUGGUGUGUAUUGUAACCAGUGAUUCCCUGUUUGUUUGUUUGUUUGUUUGUUUGUUUCUGUGGAGUUUUCAGUAAUGUUGUGUGUAUAUAUGUUUAUAUUUUUUAGUACUAGCAUUAAUUUGAAAAUUUAAAACCACUUCUUCAGGAGAUUAGAAAAAAAAAGCAAUAACAAAUAUGUACUUUACAAAAAGAUAAAUGUUUGCUAUUCCACAGAAAAGUAGUUUAUGUUGUGAUUUUUUGAAAUUGUUUUCUCUUUACUUGAUAUGUCUUGUUUUUGUAGUUUGACCAAAAAUCUAGCAAGGAAGUGAGGUUUUAUUUUCAGUAUGAUAUUAAGUCAGUGUAUCAUGUGGUAAAUUUUUUAUUUACUGGAUGGAGGUAAAUGCAGAAUUGUACAACAUGAAAGGUCAGGAUGGAUCUGCACUAUUUCAAAAAUAAGUUGUAUGUUACAAAUUUUAAAUUCAUUGCAAUACCUCAACUAAGAAUGAAAGAUUAGGUGUGUACUUAUUUUAGAGUAUUUCAAAUCUUCCUCAUCUGUAAGUUAUAAUUUAAUCAAAUUUAAUCAAAUUAGCACUCAACGUGUUUACAGUUGUCAUAUAUAAAUAUACAAACAUAUAUAAACAAGUAUAGCAAACCCCACCAAUAUUUUUUUUUCAUUUUGAUGUAUAUGUUGUGAAUAAUUUGUUUGAUAAAUAUUAGCUUAUAUUUUGUAUAUUUCUUCUAGAAAAAGGUGUAUUCUAGAGGGUUUUAUUAAGUCAUGUAAUGUAGAUAGUAGGGAUAUUAAUCAGUGACUUUUUAGGACUUUGGUUUUUUUUUUUAAUAUGUACAUGUAAUUAAUAUGAAUUAUCACUGGAUUUUGCUUGAUAUUUAGUCCAUAUAACUACAUGCGUGUAGCUUAGUAAAAAUUUAAAAAGAUAUAUGGCCUAUUUCAAUUGAGCUUUUCUAUGCCCCUCAUGUUAUUCUAUUUUAAAAAUUCAGUAAAAUUAGAAAAUGACCAUAUGCUCUAAAUAUUAGAUGAGAAUCGUCUUCUUUAAUAGGAAUUAUCAGAUUUUUGAAAAUACGUGUACAAGUGAAUUCAGUGAUUUUGAAUGAUGUGUGUAGUCAGCCAGAUUGCAGCAGAUGUUGCUGUGCAUGGUUUCAGUUGCACAAAAAAGAUGUUGCAUUUUUCCUAUUAUGAAUUAAAAUACAGUCGAAGGAUAUAAAUAGGAGGGAUUUGCAUGGAACAUCUCAAAUGAUAUAGCUUUCAUAAAAUUCAGAGUGGAUACUAUUUUUUUACUUUUGUGCUUUAUAUGCAUAGUGUUUGGGAAGAAAACAAUUGUGAUUUUUUUAUUUCCAGUAUAAGCAUAGAAAAUUAUUUUCUUCCAAGUAGUUUUUACAGUUUUGUAAUCACUGAGAUUAUUAUCUUUUAAGUGCUCAAGUUUAUUUAGCUCACCUGAGCAUAAGGCUUGGGUCAGUGCUUCUGAUAAAAGAGUGUCUGUUGUCCAUUCGUCUGCCAUUUGUUCACAUAAUCAAACUUCUUUUCUAGAACUACCUUGAAUUCUUGUCAAAAAAGCAUCCAUUUAGAUAAAAGGAGUCAACUAUGUUCUAGUAAAGAUGCAUAUUUUUUUUAGGGGAAGGAAUUAAGAAAUAGGAUUGGGUCAUUUAAAAAAAAAAAAUUCUUAAAAAUCACUGGGCUAAAACAAGACAAAAAUUAUGUGAGAUUUCUUUCUGGAGUGAUUGUUGUAACUUUUACAAGAGAAUAUUGAAAUUUUUUUUUUAAAGAAUCUUCUUUUCAAAUCAGAUUAAUAUGCAGGCAUUUCCCAUAUAGUGUAGUUUCGAGUUUGUAUACUUCAUGGCUCCUGGGGUCAUGUUUGACCAUAACAAGGGGCUAACAAGGGACUUUUCCAUAGAUAACAAAGCUGAAGUUUGUAAAUUUAACAUCAAAAUUCAAUAUACUGUGGACAUCAUGGACUUUUCUUUUAUGGCUACAGUAGGAGUAUCAUUUAUCUACGUAAUUUCAGGAAGGGGAAAGUUUUUUUUUCAGGUGAGCUUUGUGACUCAUGGGCCUCUUUUUUUUGUUUACAUGUCUGUAUUAUUUUUAAUUUUUUUUCCUAGGGAAAUCAAAAUGAGUAGAUGCAUUCCAGACGUAUUCAAUAUUUACAAAAUUUUAUUGCUUUCUGUUACGUAUACAUGUAUAUGCUUUUGUUUGAUGGAAGGACAAAGGGUAAAAAAGAAACAUUUAGCCUUUAAUAGUGUAAAUUUGUGACUAUUCUUUACAUUGUUAAGAUUUUUUUAAACCCAACUGAUUGCAAUAACAAAUCUGUGUACAAUCAUAUUUUUUUAUUAUUAGAGUAGUUCUAACCUUUAUAUUAAAUCUGUAUUUUGAGUUUUAUUUUGUGCAAUUUAAAAUGUUUAAUCUGUCCUUCUUGUUCCACAUAUUAUCAGUUUGAAUUUUACCAACGUAUUGCAUCCAAUGAUGGCAAAUGAUUUUUUUUAGCUCUACUGUGUUAUACAUGUAUAUGAAAAUGUUACCGACAAAAAUUUCCAUGGAAUGUAUUGUAAAACUCCCCAGCAAUCAAUUCAAUUAUCUCUUUAAAUGUAUUUGCUGUAUACUGGUAAGAAUUUUGAAAAAUGAUAGAAAAUAAAACCCGUUCUCAUAGUUUUUAA